UCGCUUCGUGUGUUUGUGCAAGAUUUGUGUGAUGUGAUGUGUGAGCUGGCGAAGCUGUCCGAUUCAGUGUUGAGAACCGUGUCCGUCAUGUAAAUGCGAAUUUUCCUCCGUCGGAGUAGCACACGUCGUCGUCCGUAGUCCGUACAUUGUACAGUGGAAUUUCGCGUACCUUCAGGAAUAGUGCGAUUCGGGAGGAAAACUAUUAUCCUCCGCCCCUCUGCGUGGGUGCUUGCUUGGCAACCCGCUGCUCCCGGAGAAAAUUGUUACCGUAGGAAGAAGGUCGGUCGGGACGGGAAGUGAAAUUUUGCGUGAUUUCAUAUUUCUUUUCUGAUUGUCGUGGUGCUGUAGUGUGUGAGAAGAGUUGCUGUGAAAAAUAAGUGGUGACAAAGCUGCUUUUGCCCCAUCAGGAAGGGAUUCCAUAUUGUGCGUGAAAUUGGUCAGGUUCGUUCCGUCGGCGGAACGAAGCCCCUCUUGCUUCGGAGGAUAAUGGUGCAUAAAAGUAGGAAAUUAUCCGCAGUGCUAGUGAUUGCCGUCGUCGUAAGUGGUUUCGUGUUAGUGGCUAAUGGCUUUACGCUGAAGGAAUCGUCCCCCGCUGCUCCGGGGGCCAUUAUCGAGGAGGAUGAGAGCUUCCUGCAGAAUCCUCGCUACGAGAGCAACGACGAGCUGCAGGAUUUGCUGGCACGGCUCCAGAAGGACCACCCGACCUUGGUGAAGGUGCACAGCAUUGGGUCGUCCCUGGAGAACCGCCCGCUGUUGGUCGUGGAAAUUAGACCGAAUAUCGAUCGACCGAGGCCGCUGCUGAUGCCGAUGUUCAAGUACGUGGCCAACAUGCACGGGGACGAGACGGUCGGUCGCGAGCUGCUGAUCUACCUGGCGCAGUAUCUGGUCAACAACUACCGUCAGGAUCCGGAGGUGGGAGCGCUGGUCAACAGCACGGCCAUCUACCUGAUGCCGUCGAUGAAUCCGGACGGGUUCCAUCGGUCUAAGGAAGGAAGCUGUGAAUCGCCACCCAACUACAUGGGACGCUACAACGCGGCCGGUGUCGAUUUGAAUCGGGACUUCCCGGAUCGGUUCGACAACGACCGGGUGCGCCAUAUCCGUCGCAAUCGGCAACAGCCGGAAACGGCGGCCGUCAUGAACUGGAUCUUGAGCAAUCCGUUUGUGUUGUCGGCCAAUCUGCAUGGAGGAGCCGUGGUGGCCAGCUACCCGUACGAUAACUCGAU